UCCACCCUUGAGUUCGGAAAGAGAUCAGUCAAGAUGAUUGCUACGUGGGUGUGCUUUUACCUGGUGCUCAUCGCCCUUUUCAUGACGUUCCUGGCCCCCUCGGCCGAGGGAUGCUUCAUCCUGCUGGCCUGCCUGCUAGCCUCCCCCUACUGUCCCUACAACGUGACCGCCUCCGGAUGAUGGAUUACUCGUGCAACGCCAUACGGCACACAACACACGCUCCCACACCAUCCCACACCAAAUAAAUAACCCUUUGCACUGGAAAGAUA